UCUAUGAGUCUCAGUGUCUAAUUUAGUGUCUUAAUCGUGUAACGAGUUUAUCAUUCAGCAAUAAUCUUAUUACCUAUGUAUUAUAAACUUUAACGUUUUUGAACGACGUACGUACCGACACUAUGAAUGACCAAAGAAUUCCACUAAAACGCAGUAAAUCUGACAAUAGUGCACUAAUUUUUCCAGACUGUCGGACACUUCUCAACAAUAUACGGAAUGUAGUGUUAGACAGUUCAAUACAUGCAAAUUUUGCUGUUGAAGACACUGCUAGGAUGAUCCUGAGCAGAGAGGCUGUUGAUUUUUCCAGAGAAGGUGAAGACUUUUUGAACUACGUGUGGGAUCGGUUCGGUUUUGAAGUGUUCAAGGCUGUGUUGGGAAUAGUAAAAGAACAGUUACCGAUUUUCGUAUUGCUUCGUAUUUGCAAAAAUUUUAUAUUACGCGUCGUGUUCCAAGAACAAAUAAAUUCUAUACAAGGUUCGUUUUCCCAGCAACAUGCUGUAAACCAUCAGUUUCAUCUGCAGUCGAUCUCCCCUCAAAUACCGCCGAACCCUCCAAAUACUGAAAUGGAUCCUCCAGGAAAUAACAUAUAUCGCGGAAGAGGCAACUGGUCGCCAUUCUACCGAAACUGCUACCCUUACGAGAGGAAUGCGGUAGGGAACCGUAGACGUAGAUCUCACCUGGAUGAUAUAUACCUUCCCAAUUACGAAGACGAAGAUCUAGAGGAGAGAAAUGAUUUUAACCAGUUGCGGUUUCGGAACAGACCCUAUUACUGGAACAGGAAUAAUCCUUCUUACAGAUCCGACUACAGAAAUUCCAACAGGCCAUUGUCGUUUGUCAAAAGGGCACAGCUCAAGGAACACGACCGUAAUGAUGCCAGGGAAGCUAAAACAAAUCAAUCGUCUACGAAAGACGGUGCGGCGAGUUCUGGGAGCAGUCCUUCAACAUCAACAGGUGGUUGUGUCAAAAACAGCGACAGGAAGGAAAGUGAACCAGUAAAGACGAGUGAAGUUAAUAGUAACUUGUUACAGAAGCAGAUACAAAGUGACUUUAAAACAAUCAAAGACAUUAAACAUGAACCGUCUAAUUCGUGUAGUAAAUUAAAUGACUGCAAAAGCAGUGUUCAGUGCCAUAACUUGAAAACAGAGGAUUUGAAGACUGAGGACGUUGGUGCCAGUAGCCACUCGUCCGACUUGGAAGACUUGAAUAAGUUGAAUGGUGACUCUUUCGUUUCCGUCUCUUCCGAGAAAGCAGACGAUAAAAGGAGGGCUAAUUUCUCAGAUAAAGGUGGAGAUUCCGGGAGAGAGAUGAAGAAAAUCCGUGAGAUUUGCGAGAACCAGGAUCAGAAUCCAUUUACAGCAAUAAAUGAAAUGGAUUCCGAUGAAGAAAUCGAUUGUUUCAACGAUUUUAUAACCAUAGACGCAAUUGACACGUCUAAGUCGUAUUUAAGCAGUUCCCCCAGUGCAUUGGACAACUACGAAAUACUAGACAUGGAUAUAAGUCCGUUGAAGAGAAAAAGUGAAGAUGAGGGGGAAGAAACCACAAAAAAAGCCAGAUACGACAGUCUGUACUUCAAAAUCAACUCGGACAAGCUCCUCAAUGAAAUAAACGAAGUUUUGAGGGAAAAUAAACAGUCUUUUGAGAGAUCGUCAGUUGAAAUCGGUAAACGAUUCCGAAGUAAAAGUUUAACAUUAAACGAUACAGUGAAAAAUACUCCUAUAGUUAGAUCGUCGUCCAUGGAUUCGAUUGAUAAAAAUAAAUCCCAGGUUUCGUACGAUUUUGACUUGAAAACAAAUCUAUUACUACUGCUAAACCAAAAGUCUAGCGACAGGGAAGCCGAUGCCUCCAGCGGCUUUAACAACGUUCACAAAGUUUUAAAUGGCGAUGAAGAAAAGUUAUCAGUAGAAAAUAAAAGUGCCUCAAUCAAGAGCGAGAACAAUAAUAACUCCAGUGAAAAUAGUGCCACAACACAAGAAGUUAAAGAAGAUUUUUCUGAAGAAUUUAUCAAAGGAAAGGUACCCGUUGAUGAGAAGAAGAAGAGUUUUCAAGCUUUGAACAACCAACUAGAAGAUGAUACAAAGAAAUUAGAAACCGCUACUGAUCGUGUAAAAGCGAAGCCUGAAUUUUCAAUUACGAAUAACUUGAAUAAGAAAGAAAAUAUUGAGGAAAGUACCGAGACGGUCACAAGUACUCCGAGCACAAUAGAAAACAAUCCCUCCAUUAAACCCGAACCGGAAGAAGUAAACAACUGCCCAAUCAAUUCCAAAAGGAAAUAUUCCGUUGGGCUUGAGGAGCAGUCGAAAAAAACCUGCUUGGACUCUGUCGACGAUAACAUUGCACGGCUUAGCAGGGCGCCAGAUGAAGACAAAACUAAAGUACCGGUGAAAAAAGAAGAAGCUACAGAUCGCUUGAGCGUUACAUGCAGCGUAAAGUUAGAAGAGCUUAAUCACGACAGUGAUACAAAUCGAAGUAACGUCGCGUCCAUCCCGUUGUGCAGCAACAUUGUUUCCAAAGACAGUUUCAAGAAAGAGAGUCUUCUCGACAUCGAGGAAGAAUUAAAAUCUUUACUGGCCAUGGACGACUUGAUUAAAGAGGAAAAAACCGGUAUUCCUCUUAACGAACACAUCUCGGAAAGUGUGGAAAGUAAAGCGCGAGGAGGCAUGACGAACGACAAAAAAAUUACUGCCGACCCUGUUAAUACCGAUGGAAAAACUAGCGAUAAACAAAAGUUGCCGAAAGAAAAUGCGUCUACUGGCACGAAAUGUACUGAGCGUUGCAAUACCGUUGAACGUAAACAGUUCCGAGACACCGAUAAUUCUAAAAAGCCUUCCGAAAAAACAGUUAGACGAUCCAGCACCGAGAAGACUAAUCUACAAAGAAAGGACGUAAAGCAAAUCGAAGACGGACCUUCCUCGAACUCCGUACAAUCAAAACCUAAAGAUGAACAAAUGACAAAAUCGAAUUCCGCAGACAAAAAGCAGAAAUGCAAGGAAAACAACAUAGCAAUUGGCAAUUCUGUGGCUGUGUCAAACACAAUUUCCCGACCCUCUGCGAAUAAGCCAAUUCCGCAAAAUGUAUCCAAAUCGAAAACGGCCAGUUACUACGAACGUUUCAAGAGGAUACAGUCACUGUUCGGUAGCGACAGCGAGUCCGAAAUGGACGAAGAAAUUUCCAAAACCGACAAUUAUAAGACUUCUAGUAACAGAAAAAUGUAUGAAGAAUCGAGCAAGAAGGAAGUGCAAAUAAAAAAACAAGCUGUUACUGGACCCGCUACUAAUCCUAUCAGUUCAGGGGAGUCCCAAACGCCAGUCGAUUUGGCCGUAAGAGAGUUCUCUAGGAAUAAGAUAAAUCAAAGUUCAAAAGAAUCAAGCAAGACGAUAGAGAAACGAAGAUGUUCCGUUCCUAUUACUGGUCACGCUUCAUCCCGUAAAUUCUCCAUUGGGGCUGUGGAAACAGCAAAUCCAAUUAUAAAUAAAAGCGAACCUGUACCUAGUUCUGUUGGUAAACCGAAACUCAUUGCGAAAAAAAGACGGGAAACGUUACCCGUUUCUUUAAUCGGUGGGGGAAUCCAAAAAAAUGAUAAAUCUGACAAGGACAAGAAUUACAAGAAAGACGAAAUGGGAAUUGUCAGUGUCGUCAACCAUAAGUUAAAGGACCCCCGGAAAGAACACCAGCGAUAUAAAAAUUGCGGAAGAAAGGAACAGACAAGCGAAAUGAGUAGUUCCAAGAAAAGUACCGUUGCGUCGGAUUCAUGCAAAACCCAAAUUAAAGAUUCUGAAAAGCGCAAAAUCCCUCACAAAAACGAAAAAAAGGACGUGUCUCUCCCGAUCUCUGCCUCGAAAACAAGUAACGAAGAUAAAAAGAGGAACAACUAUGCAAAGAAACCGAAAAACCUUAAAGAGAGCGGCCAUCCGCCGAAAAAUGAAACCUCUCAAACGGAAUUGAUCGUAAAUCAGCUGCAGUUGCAGUCGAAGUUGUCCAAAGCAGAGCGAAACUUCCCUCCGAUUAAAUCGGUUGCGUUCAAUGUACUCUCGGAAAUAGAAUCGAAAAUAAGAACUGGAAUACAGGAACUGGUGCAAUUAAACCUUCUGCAGUGUUCGUCGAUGUCCCGGAACCGUUUCCCAAUGCUCCAAAGGGCUAGUUCUUGCGUCGAAGAAAACGACUGCUGCGACAGAGCCGUCACGUUGGAGAACGUCGAUGUUAACGACAAAAUCGAGAUUGUGAGGCAAGGUAGCAAUCGAGAGGAUGAUGUCAUAGAAGUGAAACUGGAUAUACCGAUUAUCGAUUUAACAGACGAUGCCGCCAAGGAAAAUUCGGACGAGAUGAUAACGUUGUACAGAAGCGAGGAGACCAUAAACAACUCGCUGGACGUUCAGACGACCUCGGAGUCCAUUUCACCGAGUAUCUUAAAGAAUAAGCCAAGCCAGGACAAGUCAAAGGCCAAAGAAGAGUUAACGUCUCCGAACUCUAGCAAUAAAAGUCCGGCUUUGUAUAUAAGUCCGAUAAACGAAGUAGCGAAAGGGUCUUCUCCCACUCAAAUCACUUUUAACGUAACGAGAAGCGUAGAUGAAACGCAGAAUAGAUCACCCCCUCCUUUACCACAAACUGUAAAACCCCUUGCCGAUACCCAGAACGUCCACACGUCCAAGUCGCACCCAGGACAGGAAACGGGGAGCGAUAAUAUCCAUAUCGGUCUCACCCGCAGCUGCAGGGGUAAUUUCGUGGAAGUUACCAAUCAGGUAAACCCGUCACCCCCGAUCCCAGUCGAGCAACGUCAAGAGGGUGUCGUUGGUCCACCAAGAAGAACUUCGCUACAAAGGCAACAAAACCCGUUCCCUCCGCCCAAUCCUUUGACGCAACUACAGAUGAAAAUCAACAAUUUAUCUAAACCCGUCAACAAUUCAACGCCGUGCAGACAAAACCCCCUGUUGUACCAGCAAAUAAUGAUGAACUCUGAAAAUCGUACGUCCAAUUCCAACGGCGCCACGAGGAAUAACUCCUACGCCGUCCACAGCCCCAUGAGGCACACCGACGAUGAAGGUCCCGCCCCGAUGCACGAGAUCAGCGUGCAGGAAAUCGGAAGGGCGGGCGUCGUUCUCAUGAGACACUUGCUCCUCAACGAACACGUGAGAAAGGCGCGUUGGGCCUACAAGAAUGAAUUGUUGAAGUUACAGAAGCACAUGUCCGCUGCCAUGAGGAUAGAGCUGUUCCACUUCGAGAAUUACUGUUCGGAGAGGGACAGGAGGCUGCACAAGGACUUGCUCAGGGAGCUGAAAGGCCUCAAUCUCACGGGGAGGUCCAGCAACGUCAAGAGCGCCGAGCUGCUGAUGGAAAACGUUUACAAGGUGUUGCGUGGCAUCGUGGAGGAUCUCGCUCUGUGGCGGGUCUACUUGAUGUUGGAUAUCCUGAUGCAGCCCGAAAUGUCCGAGUAUAUGGCCGUGCCAUUCCUGAGGGACUUGUUCAACUACGUGACCUUUGUCGCGGCGAAGAUUCGAAGCGCUCUUUCCGCUACGGGUCAGCAGGAAAACGCGCAAGUCGUUACUCAACCCCAAGAUCCAUUUACACCGAACCAACGUAAAAUACUGGAAUGGCAAAUAAAGCAGUAUAUCUCGAUAUGUUCUGUUCAGAAAAGACUGACGGAACAACUACAGAAUGGCAUUCCAAAUCGCCUUGCGAAUAACAGUAAAACAAUCCCCCAAAAUAUUCAACUGCUCCCUAAUUAUUCAUCCCAAGUUAAAAGCCUGGUUGUAUUGUCUAACAACCGUCAACCUGUCAAUAAAAUAAACCCGAACGUGACGAUUCACCAGAAUAUUACCAUCAGACCGGUCGAUGUAACGAAAACAAAUGUUCCCACUGCUUCCACUGGAUACAGUACUGAUCCUCGUACCUUCAACGAAACGUUUAGGAUUCGAUUGCCGUACACUGCGCCAUACGAAACUCCUCCACCGUCUACCGACGUUCCCCUGCAAGAGCAAAACUCUUCACAGCCAGUUGAAGAGGCGAACCUUCCAGUUUCCGAAAAAGCUCGACCCUCGCCGAUCACCGACCAAGUUACGACAGAAUCGACCCCGGAAACGAAUAGAUGUAGGUCUGCCGAUCCUACUGACGGUGCCAUAACCCCGGGAGAAGCCGAAGCUGUUACUCAACCUGAUGUCGUGAUCGUGAAGCAGGAGAAAGAAGCUUCUUUACUGACGGACCAGGAAAUAGAAACCAUAGACUUGACCUGGAUAAACGACAUCGAUCCCAAUCAGCUGCAGAGCGAGAUGGAAUUCAUUACGGUGAAGAAGGAAGAGCCGCUGGAUGAUAAAGAAGCGGAAGGUGAAGUUAACGAGGAACCGUUUGCUGUGGCGCCUUCACCCGCAGACAGUGGAAUCUCCAGUCCCCCCAUACAGGUGGAGUACGAUGAAACGGUGUUCUCGAAUAGGUCUUGUAUAUGUGAGAAAGUGGCCGAAUACGUUUGCGGUUGUAUGAUGGCUAUGUACUGCAGCGUAGAGUGUCAGUUGGAAGACUGGGGGGAUCAUAAAGAUGUAUGUCAGAAAUACAAAUCAAAAGCCACCCACAGCAAUAAAACUUAGAUUGUACUUAAGCUCGGCAUCCUUCGUGUAUUAUAUAUUUCUCGCUUUGUGUUCAUAAUGUCAAACAAAGGGAAAUGUUAGCAAUAAAUUAUGUGAUUUACAUGCAAUACUUCCAAAAAUUGCAGAUUAGUGACUUAAGCUGUAAGUAUUACAUUGUGAUAUUUGAUCAUAGAGCGUAUCUGCUUAGAUUAAGAGUUUAUUUAAUCGAAAUGAAGUGCAAUUUUCGUUUAGGUGCAUGUAAAAUGUAUAAUGUUGCUGUUACAAGCAAGAGUUUGUAUUUUUUUUAUUUUUCGUAUAAAAAGAAAAAUGUAUUAACUGUGUAAGAAGAUGUUUCAGUUGCGUUGCCAAAGAGUUAAUAAAUUUUUUCACUGCC